AUGGAUUUAGGAAAAAAUAUCGAGGAGGGAAGUAGAUUUUCCCGUGAAACCCCGAGAAAACUUGAGAAAGUUAGGAACGGUAUCAUCGAAAAUGGAGAAGAAAUCAAAAGUUGCACUAUCUCUUCGGAUAUUGUUUCUUCAGAUUCAAAUUCAAAUUCAAACUCGACCAGUGAUCACGGACAUCCCGCCACACCCAUUAAUCGUUUUCCUAUUUGUAAAGCCGUCGACUCAGAAUCUCCGGGAGCUCAAAUUCCGAUGAAGGAAAUCUCGAUCGAUGGCCGGCGUCUCGAGAGGAUUCUCCCACCGCACCCUCAGCUUCCGAAACUGGAGCCGCCACGUAGCCGCCGUGUCUCGUUAGGAGAACUGAUGCAUCCGCCCAAGUAUUCGCCGGAGAAAUUCACCGUCGAAAUGAUGAAACUCAUCCGCCAGAGCGGCAACGCGAUUUCCAAGCGUCUCUCGUUUCUGCAGGAGGACGACGGUGACGACUCGAUCUCGGAUCUCGCCGAAUCCGACGUGACAGAGUUCGAAAUCUCCGGAGUCAAAGUUCUCGUCAAGCUGAAAAGCGAGGAAGAAAUCAAAGGCCGGAUCACUUUCUUCUCGAGAUCCAAUUGCCGCGAUUCCACCGCCGUCCGAUUGUUUUUCCGGGAACGAGGGUUCGAUUUCUCGGAGAUCAACGUCGACGUGUACACCGAGAGAGAGAAGGAGCUGAUCGAGAGAACCGGGAAUUCGCAAGUCCCUCAGAUUUUCUUCAACGAGAAACACUUUGGCGGAUUGAUCGCGCUGAAUUCGCUGAGAAACAGUGGAGAAUUCGACCGGAGGAUUAAGGAGUUGCUGACGGAGAAGUGCCGCGGUGAAGCGCCGUCGCCGGUAAUGUACGGGUUCGACGAAGAGAAUUAUAAGGACGCUGUGGCGGAUGAGAUGAUGGGAUUCGUCAGGGUUUUGAGACAGAAGCUACCGAUAAAGGACCGUUUGGUGAAGAUGAAGAUCGUCAAGAACUGUUUCUCCGGUGGCGAGAUGGUCGAGGUACUCAUUGAUCACUUGGAUUGCGGGAGGAAGAAGGCGGUCGAAAUUGGCAAGAGUAUAGCCAAGAAACACUUUAUCCACCAUGUCUUUGGAGAAAACGACUUUGAAGAUGGAAAUCAUUACUACCGUUUCCUUGAGCACGAGCCAUUUAUAUCAAAAUGUUACAAUUUUAGAGGCUCUACCAACGACAUGGAGCCACAAAAUGCAGGCAUUGUUGGAGAUAAGCUAUUCAAAAUAAUGAGUGCUAUUCUCGAGUCUUAUUCUUCGCAUGACCAUUCUCGUGUUGAUUACAUGAGAAUCAGCCGGAGCGAGGAGUUUCGAAGGUACUUGAAUCUGGUUCAAGAAUUUCACCGGUUGAAUCUUCUCGAACUCUCAACAGCCGAGAAGUUUGCAUUUUUCUUGAACUUGUACAAUGCAAUGGUGAUCCAUGCGUUGAUCAGAAUCGGACGUUCUGAUGGAAUGAUGGCAAGAAGAUCCUUCUUCGCCGAUUUUCAGUACAUCGUAGGAGGCUACUCUUAUUCCCUUAGCUCCAUACGAAACGACAUCCUCUGUGGCGGUCGCAGACCGUCUUAUCCGUUGAUCAAGCCGUUUAUGAACAGCAACACACGGAGCGAGGUUGGGCUUCAAAAACUGAAUCCAUUAGUACAUUUUGGGCUUUGUGAUGGAACCAAAUCAAGUCCAGUGGUGAGAUUUUUUACACCCGGAGGAGUUGAAGCUGAGCUUAAACGAGCUGCGAGAGAAUUUUUUCAGAAUGGUGGAAUUGAGAUUGUCUUGGACAAGAGAGUCAUUCAUCUAUCAAGAAUCAUCAAGUGGUACAAAGAAGAUUUCAGUGGAGAGAAGAAAAUGUUGAAGUGGAUAAUGAGUUAUAUAGAUGCAAAUAAAGCAGGUCUUUUAACCCAUCUUCUUGGUGAUGGAGGAGGUUCUGUUCACAUCGUCUACAAAGACUAUGAUUGGUCUAUUAACAGUUGAAGUAUUUAAACUAAUGAUCCAUAUUUUGUAUUGAAA